AUGGCAGCUGAGUCACUGCCUUUCUCCUUCGGGACACUGUCCAGCUGGGAGUUGGAGGCCUGGUAUGAGGACCUGCAGGAGGUGCUGUCCUCAGAUGAAAAUGGGGGUUCCUAUGUCUCACCCCCUGGAAAUGAGGAGGAAGAAUCAAAAACCUUCACCACUCUCGACCCCGCCUCUCUGGCUUGGCUGACUGAGGAGCCAGGAACAGCAGAGGUCACAAGCACCUCCCAGAGCCCCCGCUCUCCAGAUUCUAGUCGGAGCUCUCUGGCUCAGGAGGAAGAAGAGGAAGACCAAAGAAGACCCAGGAAACGGAAACGGAGUGGCCAGUCCCCGGCCCGGACUGGAAAGCAACGCAUGAAGGAGAAAGAACAAGAGAACGAAAGGAAAGUGACACAGCUCGCCCAAGAGAACGAACGGCUCAAGCAGGAAAUCGAGCGCCUGUCCAGGGAAGUGGAGGCGACUCGCAGGGCUCUGAUUGACCGGAUGGUUAAUCUGCACCGAGCGUGAACAAUUGGGACCAGCACUUCCCCUCAGGCCACUACUUACCUUUCCUAGAAGAGGCUAUGGACCACCUGCUCACCAGUGCCGACUAUGUACCCUCAACCCCGUCUGUUCAGUAGGGAGAAAGCUAAGGGUCGACAACAGGAAAGGGUCGCAGCAUGUAUAUAGAAUUGUAUAUUUAUUGAUUACUGCUCCUGUCCAUUAAAGUGACUUUCUAUGA